AUGGGCGCAACAUAUUUGCUUGUUUCAAUUGAUUAUGCUAAGAGGUUGGGUUUGAAAUUGUCUUUUAUGGUUGGGAGUAGGAUUGUUGAUACACCGACUCUAGGUUCGGUAACCACUUCGUGGGUUUGUUUCAAUUUCCCACUUACUAUUUUUAGUAAGAGUUUUGGGAUGGAUUUAGUUUGUCUACCUUUAAGAAAUCUCGAUGUUAUCAUUAGAAUGAACUGGUUGGAGUUCAACCAUGUUCGUAUCAACUCUUACGAUAAGGCAAUGUCAUUUCCGGAGUUUGAUGCAAGUGAUGAGUUGUUUGUGUCUGCUAAGAAAAUUCAUGAGCUCGUAAAGGACGAGGCUAAAGUAUUCAUGAUAUUGGCUUCUAUGAAGGCGAAAAUAAAAUAUGCGAUUGGUGAGCUACCUCUGGUGUGUGGUUUUCCUGAGGUAUUUCCAAAUGAUAUCAGUGAUUUUCCGCCGGAGCGUGAGGUUAAUUUUGAUAUAUACUUGGUACCUGGUACUAGUUCUAUAUCGAUGGCUUUGUAUAUGAUUCCUGCUUCAGAGUUGAGUGAACUGAAUAAGGAAUUGGAAGACUUGCUUGAGUAG